CUUUUCCCAACUCACAGCGUGUACCGGAGUCCAUCUUUCUCCAGUCUUCAUGGUUACAAUUCUAGGAAAAUGGAAGCUACGCUUCCUCCCCAGGAAAACAUGAGCAACGCGUCCCAACUUGACUCCCUCACCCAGAGGGAGUCUUCUGUGAGUGUGCAGAGCCUGAUCUCCAGACCCUUACAGCCCAUCCCCGACCCCUCCGCCUCCAAGCGAGUGUGCUUCUACAAGAGCGGGGACCCCAAGUUCGGCGGGCAUCGCAUGGUCGUCAACGGCAGGACCUUCAAGACCUUCGAUGCCCUUCUGGACGCCCUCUCCAAAAAAGUGCCUCUGCCCUUCGGGGUCCGGACCAUCAGCACCCCCCGGGGAACCCACUCGGUCCGGGGCCUGGAGGAUCUGCACGACGGCGGGUCGUACGUGUGUUCGGACCGGAGGCGCGUCAAGCCUCUAAACCUGGACGUGGUCCAUCGGCGGAAGGUACCGUGGAACACCACCAGGCCUCCGAGCACCGGUCGGCGAAGCUACGGCAGGCGGAACGAGGGCCCCGACAGGGCCGACAAGAUCGGCAGAAGGGUCUCGGUACGGACCCCCAAGAGGCUGGUGGUGGUGAAGAACAGGGACAGCACGGUGAAGCGCACGGUGCUGCUGCAGAAGAGAACAGCGCCGACGUUUGACGCUCUGUUGGAUUACCUCUCUCAGGUCAUGCAGUUUCCUGUUCUGAAGCUUUACUCCAGCGAUGGCAGAAGGGUAAGUGUUCCUGCUCUGCUUCUCCUGUUCCUUUUGUCUGAAAUCUGAUUAAUUUAUGUUACCUAUGUCAUUUUUUUGAAAUUUUCUCAUAUUAAUGUGUCAUUCUGAAGUAUUUUGUCAGGGGAAACCUAAUAAGGGAAUAUUUGGUCAAUGUCACCCAGCGUAUUCACGCUACGUAGGCCGAAAAUAGAUAUUUUCAGUGUGAUACCUAUGCAUUGUUUUGUUUUCAUUUUGACCUACUUAACUUUUAAAUGCUCGAUAGACCAUAUAUUGGAUUUUGCUUACUUAAUGUAACGGAUCUCACAAUGAGAUCUCCAACUUUUGAGGUUUUAAGAUCUUCCAGCUACCAUCUAUUAAACCAUAAAAAUACUAUACCAUUUCAUAUUAUGUUGGGUGCAACACUACAAAACACAGUGAUAAACAUAUGCAUUUCUGUGUCCAUUUAAAUGACUGAGAUUAAGGUCAAAUGAAAAUAAUGUAUAGCGAUGUAUAGCGUAAAAGGGGAAAACAUUAUGCGGAAAGAUUACAUUUCUCCU